CUAGUAUGGGGCUUGAAGGACAAAAUGGACUUUGGUUGAACGCACGUAUCUCUUACGGUGGUAGCUGACCUACACACCCACUAGCGAUCUCCAGGUUUUUCUGAUCGCUGAUGGUUUCGCUUCGCCCUGGUUCUGAUGUAACCUCUAACUUGUACAGCAACGUGAGAAGCCCCUCGUACUUCAGGAGAUGGUUUUCCACCUGUAUGGUGCCUAGAACAUUUCGGUGAUACCUGUGUAGAAUGUCACUUGCAGACUCAUUAGCAAGUAAAGAAUACAUAUGUCCACAUAAAGCAGGAGUGUUUAGCUGGGGGGUCCUCAUAGGCAAAAUAUUACCCAUCCCUCCCCCCCCACACUGUUGCUUAGUAAUCUAUAAAGUCACACUUCAGUGGUAAUGGGUUUGAUCUGGUAUUUUUUCAUCCCCAGUUAAAAAAACCCCCAAUAGAACUGUUGGAGUUUCGCUCCACGUGUUACCUGGGAAAUCAGAAUUGCCUUGGAUUUUUACAUUGGGGGCUAAGGAAUAGAUUACGUUGUUUAAGUACGGAAGGAUUGUUUAAGUGUGUGUGCAAUAGCUUACUGUCCAAAGCACUCGGUCGAGGAGGGGGCGGGACUUCGUGUUGAACGCCAGCUGGUUUCAGUUAAUACCCCCGUUUUAAAAAGCUCGCGCUUCUGUUGCUCAGUCAUUGCAAAAAAUAAACAAGUUAAAGAAAGAUGGGUUCAGGUCUGUUAAUUGUGCCUCUCAAAUGAGAGGAUGGGGAGGCGAGGUAAAUAAAACACGGACCGAACGCGUGGUAUCGCGGUGGUCUGAUUUUACAGCAUCUUUGCCCGAACAGUUCGGUUCCCUCGGAACUGAAGAGCGGGCUCUGGUUUCCCACUGGAGCGAAUCCGUCCGCGGCUCACGGCGCCUGGGACGCAGGACCGGCUGCUGGAGCUUCAGGCGGCCGUAGAUGAGCGCAUCGGCAGCCCCGUGCAGACGCGGUCCCCACGCCUUCCCUCCCCCAUGGCUUCAAACGCAAAUAUAGACGUAGAGGACGCCACCCAGCAUCUCCGGGAUAUUCUGAAGCUGGACCGAACCGGUAGCGGUGCCGGAAAAGCCCCAACUGAAAGCCGAAAGACGUCUUUUAACGGCGACCACAAUGGCCUGUUUGGAUCGGGCAUCCUAGUCCCCGAAGAAGGAGCCGCCAAGGCGGAUGCGACCAGCCCCCCCAGCGAGACCAUGAGCGACCAGGACAGACAGAUCAUACAUCUCUCUGGUGACGAUCGCUCCGUCGGCAUCGCCAUCUCAUCCAGCGACGUGGAGGUUGUCGCCAGUCAUAACUCCGACAUCAAGAGCAAAACCCGGGGCAGCAGCAAGGUUAAAAUCCAACCGAUGGCAAACUAUGAUUGGGAACAUAAGUACUAUUUCGGGAAUCUCAUAGCCGUGUCCAGCUCGUACUUGGCAUAUGUCAUCAGAGGUGCCACCAGCUCGGCCAUGAUCCGCGUGCUGAGUGUGAACGCGGCGGACCGCACGCUGCUGAAGGGCUUCACAGGCGUGGUCGCCGACCUGGCCUUCUCUCACCUCGACUCCGACCAGCUGGCCUGCGUGGACGAAGCCGGCGGCCUGUUCGUCUGGCAGCUGAGCAGCUGCGGCGGCAAGAUACGAGAUGAGAUCAUCGUGCACGUGCUGAGGCCCAGCGACACCCCCCUGACUCCGAACCGGAGGCUCAUCUGGUGCCCUUUCAUCCCCGAGGAGGGUGAGGUUGGCCCUGAGGACGUGUACCAGACCCUGGCUCUGCUCCAUGAGGAUCGGGCCGAGGUGUGGGAUCUCGACAUCCUCACGGCUAGCCAAAGCUCGUGGCCAGCAGACAGUGCUGCCCUGACAGACGGCUUCAUCACAGUGCGAGGUCACCAUGCGCCAAUCAGCGAGGGCGCUUUGUCGCCUGACGGCGCCAUCCUCGCCACAGCCAGCCAUGACGGAUACCUCAAGUUCUGGCAGAUUUAUAUCGAGGGACCCAACUCUCCGAGGUGCUUGCUGGAAUGGAAGCCCCACGAUGGGAGGCCACUGUCCUGCCUGCUCUUCUGUGACAACCACAAGCAGCAGGACCCGGAGGUCCCAUUCUGGCGGUUCCUAAUCACUGGAGCCGAUCAGAGCAGCGAGCUGAAGAUGUGGUGCACGGUGUCCUGGACCUGCCUGCAGACCAUCAGGUUCUCUCCUGACCCCUUCAGCUCCCCCGUCAUUCCCAGUCUGAAGGUCAGUCUCGACCUGACGGCCACGUACCUGGUUCUCACCGACGUCCAGAGGAAGGUCCUGUACGUGAUGGAGCUGGCCCAGGACCUGGAGCGGGGCCACGCCCACUUCAGCGCCAUCUCCGAGUUCCUGCUCGCCCACCCUGUGCUCAGCUUCGGCGUUCUGGACAUGAGCCGUGGCCGCGUGCCUGAUUCCGAGGGCCUGCCCCUUGACGAGGAGAGCGAGAGCGCCACCAACGAUGGGGGUCAAGGGGCACUGGAGGCCAAAACAGGAGUGCAGAUCAAACUCUACUGCAUCCAUACGAAGUCCCUGCAGGAUGUACAGAUCUGGUUCCAGCCACAUCUUGGACCUGGAAACUCUCUGUCCCCGUCUCCUGCCAACACGCAGGCCGGCCUCGGUUACAUGGUGGAGGCAGGAGCAGAAGGCCUAUGCUCUGACAAGGGUCCCGGGAUCCCUGCCCUGCCGUCACCUGCCGACUUCUUGUCCCCAGCUGGUGAUACCAAGCCCAAGCUCAUGACCCCCGAUGCCUUCAUGACCCCCAGCGCUUCAAUCCCAGCCUCCCCUUGUAGCAGCGGCAGUAAUCUCACCUUGAUGACAGCCAUCCCCAGCAACCCUGUCAGGGGUAUAGAGGAGCCGUCACCGAGCUCCAGCAGUUCAACCCUGAGCAGUGCAGUCGCUCUCGGCGUGGGGCUUUCCCCCAUCCCCCGCCCAACCAUGCUCCUCAUCCCUGGCCUGGGCGACCAGCUUCCCACCAACGCUAUCCAGGCGUCUCCCACUCGGGAGCGUUCCCCUGACGUCAUAUCCUCAGCCUCUGCCGCCGCGGCGCAAGAUGUGCCGGAGGUCGCCUCGGAGACGCUGCCGCGCGAGGCCGCCGGUCACCCCGCAGCACGCAUGCUCCCUCUGCACGGCCACCACAACGCAGAAGAAGAAGGCACCGGGGUCAGCACGGACCCCCCUGCCGGCCUUCCCUGGCCUGCAGCCCCCGACGUAACCCGUGAGACGUGCGCCAGUUUGCGAGAUGGGGGCCUGGUGGACCGCUCCACUGAGGAGAUGAAAGACAAGCGCAAGUCAUCACCGUACCGCAGACGUCGCUACAGCUUAGCUCAGAACGACAGCCAGGACGGCAGCACUGAGCAGAGUGACCAUGACGACGAAGUGGCAAACCCGGCAUCCUUCUCUGGAAACUGUGGUUCCCAGUCGACAUGCAGACUCCCAGGAAAAGAAUGGAAGAUGUCACCUAGGGGCUCGGAUAAGCUGAGGAGGCAUGCUGUGAAGGAGGCCGGGGAUUCCUCGCAGUCCAGGCGAAAGGAGUCUCAGGUGAGCAUGGACUUGUUGCAGGAAGUGCUGCGCAGUCAGCAGAGGGAGAUCGCAGAGCUGCGCCAGGGCCAGCUGGAGCUGCAGCAGCUGGUUGCGGGCUCUGCAGACGGGCUGCAGAGUUCCCUCCUGCAGCAUGUAGAGAUAGUAAUGGUGACCCGGCAGGAGCAGGACCAGCUGAGGAUGGAGCUCCUUUUGACAGCAGAGCAGCAGAAAGCCCGGCAGCUGCAGGCCCAGCUGUCCGAGCAGCUGGCUCACAACCUCAGCAGCGCGCUGUCCGGUCGGCUGGAGCGGCUGCUUCGCGAGGAGAUGAGGAGGACCCUCCCCCACACCGUCUCCAGGAGCCUGGAGCCCCUCUCUGGUCAGCUGAACACUGCUGUGAGCUGCAAGCUGACUGCCGUGGAGGGGACGCUCAAGGAGAAUGUGCUCAGGGUCACCAAGUCAAAGAACACCGCGGACGCCAUCGGCAGGGCUGCGGCUGAGGUGCUCCAGGGCCCCAUCCAGGCGUCCUACAGGGACACCUUUGACAGCGUGGUGCUGCCCCUCUUUCAGAAGGGCUGCCGGUCCAUGUUCCUGCAGAUCAACGACAGCUUCAGGCAGGGCACGCAGGAGUACAUCCAGCAGCUGGAGAGCCAGGCGCGGAGCCGGAGGCAGCGGGAGCGAGACGCGCGGGACCCCCGGCUGCUGCACCUGCAGCAUGUCAUCGCCGCCUUUCACGGCUGCAGCAGCCGGCUGGGCUCCGCCACGCUGGCCGGCGUGCGCUCCGAGAUCCAGCACCUGAUGCACACGCUGGUGGGGAACCUGCAGGACUCCAUACUGGUGCAGGUGCAGCGGGCCGUGAAGGGCGAGGUGAGCCAGGCCAUACAGGAGCAGCAGGCGGUGGUCACCUCCAGCAUCAUGCAGGCCAUGCGUUCGGCCGCUGCCACCCCUGUACCCCCCGCCCAAGUCGACUACCAGGCCCAGCAGGCCAGCGUGCUGCUGCUGCUGCAGCAGGGCCACGUCAAUCAGGCCUUCCAGCAGGCCCUGUCAGCGGCCGACCUGGACCUGGUCCUCUAUGUGUGCGAGACGGUCGACUCCCAGCUUGUGUUCGGACAGCCCCCCUGUCCACUCAUCCAGCCCGUGCUGCUGUCCCUCAUCCAGCAGCUCUCCACCAACCUGGCCACCCGGUCCGAACUCAAGAUCAGUUACCUGGAGGAGGCGCUGUUGAACCUGGACCACAGCGACCCCGUGACCCGUGACCACAUGAGCCCGGUGCUGACGCAGGUCCGCCAAAAGCUGUUCCAGUUCCUCCAGCAGGAGCUGCACAGUCCCCUUGGGACGAGAGCUCGACGGCUGCUGCUGAUGCUGGAGGGCCUGCUCCUCCACUAGGCCUCCCCCUGCCCCCGGCCCAUCCACCACGGUCUGUGAGCACCCCCCACCCCGAACCUGAUGGCUGGAUCCAACAUCUGUAGAGAUCCCAUCCAGGUGUUACUUUUGGUUUCCUCUGAAGUUCUGCUUCUAGUGCACAUGUUCCCUGGGUUAUUUAACUCAGACGGGGCUGAACAUUCUUCCUAUAAAAAGCCAUCGGCUGGGUUUCGAAGAGGAACAAAAGAAACGCCACUUUACAGUCUCCGUUUUAUUUGAAAAAUAACAAGUGAACGGGAUCACAGGAGAGAGCAGACGAUGACCUGAAUGUCAUACGCUGGGCGUUGAUGCUGGCUGUUCGUUCCCCGUUUCCUUUCUCCCCAACUGAACGAAACGAUUCACUUCCACCUGCUCUCCUUCCGCUGCAUUCUUUGUUUUGUCCAGAGAGCAGCCUGAAGCUGAGAGAGCAGCCUGAAGCUGAGAGAGCAGCCUGAAGCUGAGAGAGCAGGCAUAGCUGAUGCACUCGGUUUUUUCUGUGGGCCGACACGCCCCAUUUCCCGACCUCCCUCUUCCUCGGUCCCGAGGUUGAAGCUGAUACCUGCCUUUCUGCACGUUUGAGUUGAGCUCGCCUGCGCCGGACUGCUUCCCCGCGGCUCUGCCACUUUAGAUAUAGUUGUUUUAUAUAUAUAUAUAUAUGUUUAUAUUGUUGUGUGGAGACACUGUGUAUUUCAGUCAGGUGAGCUUAUGAUUCGUUUCAAACUGAAAUCCUGGGAGAUAAUGGCUGCACGGUACAGCUUAGCUCUUCGGAAUCAAGGUGGCGAUAUUUUGGUUUAUCUGCUAUUCACAACAGUCACGCAUCCCGGCUACAAUGCGUGCUCUUUUCGGGGCUGUUUUAUAAUUGAUCUCUUACCCCAGUCUCAGGCAAGUAAGUCAUUGAAUGAGAAUCAUUACAGGUAUGCUGUCAUUGUAAAAUUACCGAAUUGCACUACGGAUUUAUGCAAGUAAUUUGGAGGCUGCAGUAUUAGUUUUAGUCCCUAGAGGGCAGUCCUGUGGUGAGAGUGGCCUAAUAAUAAUGGGUCACCAGAAAUAUUACAGGCAUAAGAACACGUGUGAGUAAUUACGGCCAAGGGGCUGUGACUUCGCUGUAUCUAGGGAAGGUAAAAACACUCGCUGAUGAGUAACUGUGACCGUGUGUCUCACCGUCUGAUUCAUAUCUCCACUGUGGCCGUUGCCUUCGUAUUUCUGUUCGACCUCCUACCAGGUAAAACCCACUAAUGUGCAAGAUCAGUAAGCAGGAAAACAGCUACCUGCUGACCUCUUUGGACUUUUUAAGUGUUCUUCUCCACUAAAUACCACAUAAAUGUUUCAUAGGAGGGGAAAUCCCAGUUUCCCAAAGUGCCUUAAGUUGUACUUCCAAAUCUUUUUGAAGUUUGCAAAAUUGAACCUUAAAUGAUUUCAGUUUGGCGUGGAAUAAGAAUUUGGUGUUGUGAAUUCGCAUCGGCCGGUCCUCUGUUACCUCAGAACCGUGUUGCAUUAGCGAGUAGCUAUGAACGACGUUCUGGCUGUGCAGUGAUGGGCUUGCAGGCCUCUUAGCUGUAUCUGUCUUCUACAGCCAGACUGGUGACAGGUUGUAAAACCUUGGUUUGUCCGAGCUGAGAUGCUGAGGCGGUUUCGGGUCGUGACCAUCCCCCAUUCCGUGCUGGAUCACAAAAUUCACAGAAGGAUACAGACUCAGUACCUGUUUAAGGAAAACCUAGAUGAUUACAAGGCGUAAAUGCCUGGCUUCUGUUUGACCUGUUCCAAUCCAGAAAUGGAGUAGGUGGAUUUUAUAAGGAUCAAAAUAGCAAAAGUAGUUUUGGAAUCACUUUAGGUUGGUAUCAAAAUUAUUUCGAGUACUUGUGCAUUAUUUGUUCCUUGCAUGAUGUUUCAUUCGUCUGUAACUUGAACAACAUCUGUGAAGAAUAUCAUACCUCUAUAUCACUAUAUAAUAGACAUCAGAAAAGGAACAAUUGGGUUGAGUUCUGUGUCAUUCUGCAUACUUCCAUUGUACGAUUUAUUAGAAAAUACAUUAUUACUCCAAAGCUAACAGCAGAAAAAUAGCUUGAGUUGCCAUUAAUAAAAUAUCGACAUGCACGUCAUGCUUGGGGAAGAUGUACUCGCUUGGUAUGUGGCCUGCGUUUGGGCCUUUCGCGAGCUGCCCGCGUCACAUCCACCCUUUCUCCCUUAUUGCGUUGGAGACCGUUUUCGCCUCCAGCUGCUCCGAGGCGCUCGCUGAAAAGGCGGCCUUUUGUACGGCCCGCUGGCCUGACUUCUGUCCAAAUGUGAUGGUGUGAAAUCUGAAACAACAUCUCUUCUCACUUUUUCAUCGCGUUUUGUAAUAAUGGUAACUGAACACUUCAGAGCUUGUGUGAGACCCUUUUUUCCCCUUUUUGGCUCGCUAAUACAAGCCCCGUGGAACGGGGGUUCAGCUGGCAGAAAUUAUAAAGGUCUUUGACCAGUUUACUUCUUUAUGGAACUACAAAAGUUCUUAUUUUGCAUUGGAUUUCAUAAGUCAGUAGUUUAACGUGUCAUUUCACCCUCUGUAUUGUGUUGUACACGGAGAAAAUAUUCAAGCAGCAAAUAAUGGACAUUGUAAAGGUUGAAUUGAGUUACUCAUGAAAAUUCAGGGUAAUUUUACGUUUGCACUGUUCAAUUAAAAUAGUUCUGAUUUUGAUCAGCUUUAACGAAAGAAAAUGGCAGAGAAUGUCAGGAAUUUGUUGCGCUUAAGCUAUAUAUUUAUAAAUGUAUUUUCUGCGUUUCUCCGAGUUUUUUUGUUAAAGACAACUAUUUCUAUCUCUUCGUCUUGUUAAAAGUUAUAUUGAUUGUGUUUAAGCUGUUAUGUUGUAUAUUUUACACUUUUCUCUUUUGAUCCAGCUUUUGGAUACAAUUUGAGAAAUGCGUAAAAUAAAAUGUUUUAACUUUCUUUUGGAUACAGUUUGAGAACUGCACAAAAUAAAAUGUUUUAACUUUC